UUAUUUUUACACGACUCUGUUGAAUUAUACAAAGCCCUAAUUCCUCGAACCCUAAUGACUUGUACAAGCUGCCAUCCAAAUUAUCUACUGAUUCUUCUUCGUUUUCUUCUUCUUCUUCGUUCGAUCGGUUAAGCAUUACCAGAAAGUCAAUAUCGCCGUCUCGUUUAUCCACUUGGCCGUUUGGGUGAAGGAUGCGCUUCAAUUGAUCUCCCAUUUUGUUGGAAAUGCUUUAUGAACUGCAUUCCUAGCUCAUUGUUUUCUCGUUCGAAAAUUGAAAUUUCCUUAUUUUUGUUGUAGUUUAGUCGAUUUUCUUAUCAGGGAUUCGGUUUUUUUCAAUUUUUUUUCUGCGAAUUUCGAACUUGGGGGGGUUCGCAUUUCAAUGGCUACCGAGGCGACUGAAGCUACGACUAAGUUUCAGAGUCCGGGUUUUCGCCCGGUACCGUCGCCUCCGGAUUUCCAUCCCGAAAUUAUUGUCUCAACCCAUGAUGGUCUCCGGUUCUGGCAGUUCAUGAUUGCCGGUUCAGUCGCGGGGUCUGUGGAGCAUAUGGCUAUGUUUCCGGUUGAUACCGUCAAGACCCAUAUGCAAGCCCUUGGUUCUUGUCCGAUUAAAUCUGUUGGAGUUCGACAAGCCCUUCGGUCAAUUUUGAAGUCAGAGGGACCUGCUGGUUUUUAUCGGGGUAUUGGUGCUAUGGGCCUCGGAGCUGGUCCUGCACAUGCUGUGUAUUUUACAGUUUACGAGAAUUGUAAAAGGGUUUUCUCUGGUGGGGAUCCUAAUAAUUCAGUAGCCCACGCUGCUUCUGGUGUCUGUGCGACGGUGGUGAGUGAUGCUGUCUUUACACCGAUGGAUAUGGUUAAACAGAGGCUGCAGCUGAGUAAUAGUCCUUACAAGGGAGUUUUGGAUUGUGUCAAAAGGGUCCUAAGAGACGAGGGUUUUAAAGCAUUUUACGCUUCAUAUAGAACUACAGUGUUAAUGAAUGCUCCAUUUACUGCUGUGCAUUUUGCAACUUAUGAAGCUGCAAAGAGAGGUUUAAUGGAGGUUUCGCCAGAGAGUGCUAAUGAUGAACAGUGGAUUGCUCAUGCGACAGCAGGAGCUGCUGCUGGAGCUUUAGCUGCACUUGUUACAACGCCGCUUGAUGUGGUUAAGACUCAAUUACAAUGUCAGGGUGUAUGUGGAUGCGAUAGAUUCAAAAGUGGGUCGAUUGGGGACGUGAUUCAAACGAUACUGAAGAAGGAUGGAUAUGGAGGGCUUAUGAGGGGAUGGGUUCCAAGGAUGCUGUUCCAUACGCCCGCUGCAGCCAUUUGCUGGUCGACAUACGAAGCAAUAAAAUCGUUCUUCCAAGACCUCAACAGCAGCAGUGACAAUGUAACCUGAAAAGAUAAGCAGCAGAGCAGAGUAGAGAGGAGAGGGGAACGAAUACUUAAUUCUUUUUUUACGUUGUCCCUUACAAAGAGCUUCUCUGUUUUGAGCUGCAGAGAGGCUUGCAGGAGAGGAGGGGAGUGUCUCAAAAGGCGAAUGGGGGUAGCAGUUCUAGGCAAAGGAUCUCCAGAUUUGGUACAAUCUGUAUUCCACUCAUUGGUGAUGGUUCUAAUAAUGCCAUAUACAAAAGUUUUGAUCCAUUUCUUUCUUUGUUUUUUUGAUGGUUGUUGUUCUGGCAUUAAGACCCACCCUGUUUUGUUUGUUUACCAUCAUUUAUAUAAGAUUCUGGGUUCAUGAUCA